GAUGGGGGAGGGCGGCCGGAAAUGCGCGCGGCCCGGCAGGAAACGGAGUCAGGCGCGCGCAGGCGUAGUGGCGGCUGCCGGCGCCGCGGCCUCGUCUCGCGGUCAGGAGCAAGUGACCUUUGAGGACGUGGUGGUGGACUUCACCCAGGAGGAGUGGGGGCAGCUGGAGCCUGCCCAGAGGACCUUGUAUUAUGAUGUAAUUCUGGGCACCUUCAGACUUCUGGUUGCUGUGGGACAUUGGUUACCAAAGCUGAACAUCAUCUCCCUGCUGGAGCAAGAGGCAGAGCUGCGGGCAGUGGACCCUGGCGUUCCCCAAGGUGUGUACCAAGACCUGGAAUCUAGACCCAAAGUCAAACCGUCAGUUCUAAAGCAAGGCAUCUCUGAAGAAAUAUCCAACAGUGUCAUCUUGGUAGAAAGAUUCCUGUGGGCUGGUCUGUGGUACUGCAGGGGUGAGGACACUGAGGGCCACUAAUGGAGUUGUGAAAGCCUAGAGAGCCUGGCAGUGCCGGCAGCCUUCACGCCUGUGAAGACACCUGUUCAGCAGCAGUGGUAGAGGAAUGGGUUUGGAGAAAACUUAAGUCUGAACUCUGAUCUCCCACAUCAACCAAUGACUCCUGAAAGACAAGGCCCCCACACAUGGGGAACACGUGGAAAAAGGGAGAAGCCAGACCUAAAUGUUCUACAGAAAACCUAUGUAAAAGAGAAACCCUACAAAUGUCAGGAAUGUGGAAAGGCCUUUAGUCACAGCUCAGCCCUUAUUGAACACCACCGGAUGCACACAGGAGAGAGACCUUAUGAAUGUCCGGAAUGCGGAAAAGGCUUCCGAAACAGCUCGGCACUUACUAAACACCAGAGAAUCCAUACUGGGGAGAAACCCUAUAAAUGCACUCAGUGUGGGAGGACCUUCAACCAAAUUGCCCCACUUAUCCAGCACCAGAGAACUCACACAGGGGAGAAGCCCUAUGAGUGCAGCGAAUGUGGGAAAUCAUUCAGUUUUAGGUCCUCCUUCAGUCAACAUGAGCGAACUCACACAGGUGAGAAGCCCUACGAGUGCAGCGAGUGCGGGAAAGCCUUCCGGCAAAGCAUCCACCUCACCCAGCAUGUGCGAAUCCACACUGGGGAGAAACCUUAUCAGUGCAGUGAGUGUGGCAAGGCCUUCAGCCACAGCUCAUCCUUGACAAAACACCAGCGAAUCCACACAGGGGAGAAGCCCUACGAGUGCCAUGAGUGUGGAAAAGCCUUCACCCAGAUCACACCACUGAUUCAGCACCAGAGGACCCACACGGGAGAAAAGCCCUAUGAAUGCAGUGAGUGUGGGAAAGCCUUCAGCCAGAGCACACUCCUGACGGAGCAUCGGAGGAUUCACACAGGAGAGAAGCCCUACGGAUGCAAUGAGUGUGGGAAAACUUUCAGCCACAGCUCGUCACUCAGCCAGCACGAAAGGACACACACAGGAGAGAAGCCCUAUGAGUGCAGUCAGUGUGGGAAGGCCUUCCGGCAGAGCACACACCUCACUCAGCACUUGCGAAUCCACACAGGAGAGAAGCCCUACGAAUGCAACGACUGUGGCAAGGCAUUCAGCCACAGCUCGUCCCUAACCAAACAUCAGCGAAUCCACACUGGGGAGAAGCCCUACGAAUGCAAUGAGUGUGGCAAAGCCUUCAGCCAGCUUGCUCCCCUCAUUCAGCAUCAAAGGAUCCACACAGGAGAGAAACCUUACGAAUGUAACCAAUGUGGCAGAGCCUUCAGCCAGAGUUCCCUGCUCAUUGAACACCAGAGGACUCACACCAAGGAAAAGCCCUAUGGCUGCAACGAGUGUGGGAAAUCCUUCAGCCACAGCUCUUCACUCAGCCAGCACGAAAGGACUCACACUGGGGAAAAGCCCUAUGAGUGUCACGAUUGUGGGAAGUCCUUUAGGCAGAGCACCCAUCUCACUCAGCACCGGAGGAUCCACACAGGAGAGAAGCCGUAUGCCUGCAGGGAAUGUGGAAAGGCCUUUACACACAGCUCCUCCCUUACCAAGCACCAGAGAACUCACACUGAGUAAACCCAACUUCACAUGUGCUGGGGACAUAAGAAGACCUGAAGCCAUAGCUCACAUCCCUUUCUAGAUUUGACCCAAUCAUACACAUGAGAAAUGUAUACUCAUACACAAGUCUUUUUUUUUUUUUUUGAGAUGGGCUUUCAGUCUUGUUCCCCAGGCUGGAGUGCAAUGGCGUGACCUUGGCUCACCACAACCUCCGCCUCCAGGGUUCGAGCAAUUCUCCUGCCUCAGCCUCCCAAGUAGCUGAGAUUACAGGCAUGCACCACCACACCCAGCUAAUUUUGUAUUCUUUGAGAUGGUGUUUCUCCAUGUUGGUCAGGCUAGUCUCGAACUCCCAACUUCAGAUGAUCUGCCUGCCUUGACCUCCCAAAGCGUUGGGAUUACAGGCAUGAGCCACCAUGCCUGGCCCAUACACAAGCGCUUUCACACAGCACAGCCCUCAAACACUCUCACAGAGUUCACACUGAUGAAAAAUGACUGUGGGACCACCAAGCUCUAGGUCAUGCAUCCCUGCAUCCAAAGUAUAGGGAAACAUGUAGAUAAUCAACACUCAGGACCUUCAGCCUUGAAAAGCCAUUAGUGCUACAUUAUAGAACCUAUAAAAAAGGAAAUGGAACAAAUGCAGUGGAUCCAGGGUUGGCUUUUGUCCAAGGAUUCACCGUAGUCUAAACCAGAGAAGUUCAAACUGGGGAGAACCCCAACAAAUGCCUUUCAUAUACAAGAACCAAAUAAAGUCAGAAUUCGCCAUUAUUGCACAUUACAUUGUUCAGAGGAAAGUGCUUAUGAAUGGUGCAGGUUGACUCUCAUAGUCCCAAAUGACAGUAUGGCAGAGUGCUCUAGAAAUGAGAGUGGUAUCUUUAUGGAAUCACUAUGGAUACUGACUGUCUCAGUAAAAAGCUGUAUGAUUUGAUCAGGGUAUGUGGAAGCCAGUCACAGGUUUGAAUUCCAUAUGAGAAAGCAUCAGUGUACUAUAAACAGGUUUUUAGUUAUCCCUGCAUUAUUUCUGCAAUAAAUCUUCAUAUGCAAUGAGAUCGAAAAGCUUUGUAUGGGAAGACUCAAAAUGGAAAGCUGCUUCCAUAGAGUCUCACUAAUUCUGAGAUGGCUUUUACUGCUCUGUUCUCCCUCCACAUUUCUCUGCAGAACUUGCAUUAGAAACACAGAUGUUUGUUUUUUUACAAAAAGGAAGAAUUUUCCUUUGUUAAACCAUCAUCUUAGAAGCAAUAGCAAAUUCAUGUUAGAAACAUGUUUUGUACAAUUCAUCUUUGGGAAAUGUUCAAGUUAAUCCUUUUGAACUGUGUUUUCAUUGAUUCUGCAUCCUGCUGUUUAGUAAGGUUUUGUUUUCAUACAAUUUAACAUUUUGUUGAACCCUGAGUCCACAAAUAGUCAUUCUGACAACUAUAACCUUUAAAUGGUGACUUGCUGCCCUCAUUAGAAAUUACAUUGGCUGUUUUUGGCUAUCAGCUGUGGUUACAUCCAUCAAUUUGAUUUUUUAAAUCCCAAUGCUGGGAUAUACAUUUCUAGUUACUUAAAAUUUCUCUCUUGGGGAAACCAUGUUGCAGAUAGUCUUCCAAUACUGCAUCUCAAUAUGAUUGUGGAGUGCCUCUUGGAUUAAUGCCUUUGUCAUUUAAAAGCCACUGAAGAGUCAGGCAUGGCUGCACCUGCCUCUAGUCCCAGCUGCUUGGGAGGUUGAAGUGGGAGGAUCACUUGAACACAGGAAUUCUGGGCUGUAGUGUGCUAUGCUCAUCAGUGUCCACGCUAAGUUCGGCAUCAAUAUGACCUCCUUGGAGCAGAUGACCACCAGCUUGCCUAAGGAGGGUGAACCAGAGCAGGUCAAAACUCCCAUGCUGGUUGGGCUCACACCUGUAAUCCCAGUACUUUAGGAGGUCAAGGCAUGCAGAUCAUCUGAGGUCAGGAGUUCGAGACCAGCCUGGCCAACGUGGUGAAACCCCAUCUCUACUAAAAAUACAACAUUAGCUGGGCACGGUGGUGCAUGCCUUUAAUCUCAGCUACUUGGGAAGCUGAGGCAGGAGAAUCACUUGAACCCAAGAGGCAGAGGUUGCAGUGAGCCUAGAGUGUGCCAGUGUACUCCAGCCUGGGUGACGAGUGAAACUCCAUCUCAAAACAAAACAAAACGUAACACUCCCAUGCCGAUCAGUAGUGGGAUUGUGCCUGUGAAUAGCCACUGUGCUCCAUCCUGGGUAACACAGUGAGACACCAUCUCUUUAAAAAAAGCCACUGGAGAAAGCCAGGGUACACAGUACGUAGCAACACUGUCCCAUUGAAACAAUGCACGUCACAUAAAUUAAUAUUCUGGUAGCCCCAUUGAAAAAGCAAGAAGAGGCCAGGUGCAGUGGCUUACACCUAUAAUCCCAGCACUUUGGGAGGCCAAAGCGGGUGGAUCAGUUGAGACCAGUCUGGCCAACAUGGUGAAACCAUCUCUCUGCUAAAAAUACAAACAUUAUCCAGGUGCAAUGGUGUGCACCUGUAAUCCCAGCUACUUGGGAGGCUGAGGCAUGAGAAUUCCUCGAGCCUGGGAGGCAGAGGUUGCAGGGAGCGAAGAUUGUAUACUCUAGCCUGGGUGACAGAGCGAGACUCUCUCAGAAAGAAAAAGCAAGAAGAAACAGGUGAAACUAAUGUUUAUUCCUAUAUAUCCCAAAUGUUAGCAGUGUCACAUGUCAAUAUAAAAAUUAUUGAGAUA